AUGAGAUCCACACCAGAGCUCCCGAUCCGCGUAUUAACCCAUAACAUCCGAUAUGCAACGACUUCUCCCUUCAAAGGAGAACGGCCGUGGGCUGAGCGCAGGCAAUUGUUACUGAAUGAACUCGGAUAUCAUGCUCGCCAUUGUAAAGAGACAUUCAUUUGUCUGCAGGAAGUUCUUCACCAACAGCUCGAAGAUAUCCGAGCAGGAUUGAAUCCCACAACGGGCUCUUCAACUCAAGAAUAUGCAUAUAUUGGUGUCGGUCGAGACGACGGCCACCAGGCCGGUGAAUACUCCCCGAUCUUCUAUCGCCCUUCGGUCUGGGAUUUGCUGCAUUGGGAGACAGUCUGGUUGUCCGAGACGCCUUCCAAGCCUUCGAAGAGCUGGGAUGCGGCCUCUACCCGCAUCGUCACGAUCGGUGUAUUCACUCACCGAACUACCGGUGACACGGUUCUUGCCAUGAACACGCAUUUGGAUGACCAGGGAUCUCGCUCCCGGCUCGAAGCUGCUCGCAUUAUUCGCGCCAAAAUUCAGGAGUACCAGCACGGACAAUACGGCGGCUUCAUUUCGGGCACCUUCUUGACAGGUGAUCUGAACAGUCAGGAAGACCAGGAGGCUUAUUCUGAUCUCAUUGGAUCUGGAGACUUGCGUGACACCUUCAAACUGCUCGACGCCUCGCGGCGGUAUGGCAACAUCAUAACCGCGACUGGGUUUGGGUAUGAAGAAGAAUCGCCAUCACGCAUUGACUACGUUCUACUGGCUACUAAGGGAAAUCAGACGUGGCGAGUGGACGGCUAUUCUGUGAUGCCAAACCGGUUUGACGAUGCAGUGUUUAACUCAGACCAUCGCGCUGUUGUUGCAGACCUCACUCUGGUGGGCUAG